AUGGAAACAAAUAAAAAGGCUCCAGUUAGAUCAAUUACAUUUGGAGACAUUCAAAUUAUUGAAUCUUUAGAUAAAUCAGCUAGUGGAGAGGUAGUUAGUAGUGAUAGUAGCAUGGAGAAUUCAUACCCUGCAUCAUUAUCCUCAUCGUCAGAGUCUACUACAACAUCUUCAUGUUCUUCUGCUACUGACGAGACCAUUGAUGAGGCUGCAACACUUGCAACCAAACUCACCUCUAUCAUGGCUGACGACAAGGAGGAGGAAGAGGACCAAUCACCACCAACACCACCACCAGCAGAUGUUGAAAAGAAAAGGGAAUCACAAGAAACGGUUAAAGAGCCAGUGACAUUGGUUUCAACGACAACAACAUUUGUAUCGCAUCCUGUUCAUUCAUCGAUUAACCUUGCCAGUUGUCAUCCUCAUCCUCUAUCAGAAGGAGUAAGUGGUUCUACAUUUUCAUUGAGCCACAUUGUCACAUUGCCACCAGCACCACCAUCGCCAUUGACAGUUGGUCAAUCUGCACCAUUAUCUCAAUCAUUGACUCCUAGUCCAAGAGAUUCGUUUCCUCCUACCAUUACUACUACCACCGCCGCUGCCGCUGCCACUACCACCAUUACUACCACUACCACCGCUACCACUACUACUACUACAACCAACACAUCAAACCAAGAUAACGAAACCAAGAUGAGUGGUAUGCUAAAAAAGGAAGGAGGACGUAUUAAAAGUUGGAAAUCUAGAUUUUGUGUACUUCAAAGUAUUUCAAAGGUACUUUUAUAUUACAAGUCACAAUCAGCCGUAGACUUAAAGAGACCACUUGGCGUAAUCCCUCUUGUUGAUGUCAUUGUCGAACCAGUUAGCAGUGGUGGUGGUGUUGUUGGAGGUAGUGCCAACAAAAAGUGUAGAUUCAUAAUUAGACCAUUCAAAGCAUCAGGUACCAUCAAAGCAAUGAAAUACCAAGAAGAUCUAACUCUAGUACCAUCAAAUCAUCGUCAUUUCGUUUUUGAAGCAGAUAGUACAGCCAAUCAAAUGACUUGGGUUGAAGCUAUAAUUAAGUGUAUUCAUACUUCAAAAGAACAAUAA